AUGAAGAUGUUAACACGAGCUGCCUACGAAACGCUUCUCUUCGUGUCUCUUGCGAUGGCUCAUGAUAACGAUGGAUCAACGGACAUCGACACGACAAUGAAUAUGGAUAUGCACGCAAGUUCCAUUAUCGCAACCCCAACAGCUCCCGUCUCACGCAAUGGCCAAGACCCAGGUCCUACGAGCUACUUUUCCUAUGGCGGGUACUCGAGCCCUAUCCUGGCGCAUAUUGUGCUGAUGAUCAUAGGAUGGUGCUUUAUUCUUCCUUCAGCCGUUCUACUUAGUACUGGCCGUUCGCGCCUUGCGCUGCCGUUGCAUUUCCUAUUCCUAGUUAUCAAUGCCCUCGGUCUACUUUUCGGAAUCGUCUAUAACAGUCAGACCCCCGAUUUGUAUGAAUAUAACGCCCACCACAAGAUCGGCUGGAUUGUGUCAUGUGUUAUGACUGCACAGGUUGUCCUGGCCUUGAUAUUUGUGUACAAUUGUCGUGGCGAGUCCAAGCAGUCGCAAUGGAGAUCUUUUAAUGGCUUUGCGUUUCUCCCAGUCGCUACAGAUGGACAACAAUACCACUCGUCCGGCGAAAGUAGCCAGGGAGUUGAAUCAAGUUCGUCGAUUCGCAGCCCUUCACGGUCAGACUCCGAGUCGCAAGCCGAGUAUGACGGCUUCGAAAACCCCGAAAAGCUUCAUUCGCUAUGUCACUGGCUUAGCAUUUCUGUUGUCGAUCGAUUCCUCAUAAAACGCAUGUCUGGAAUAGCUUCAGACAGUGUCCUACGCUUUUCCAAUAACCUAUAUGAUGUGGUCGAUCGCAUCAUUCUUCCAUUUGGCUUUAUUGCUAUUGUCACUGGGGCUGUUACUUAUGGUGGCAUAUUCAAAGGCGACGAGAUAUUCAAUGGUCUAGCGCACUUUAUAAAAGGCGGAAUCUUCUUCUGGUAUGGCAUUCUCACUCUUGGACGUUUUAUCGGAGCUUGGGCAGAUCUAGGGUGGGCUUGGAACAAGAAACCCCCAGCAAGUGUUGUUGGCUGGAAAGCCAAAGUCCCAUCAGGCGAGUUUGUGGAGUCAUUUGUUAUCUGGCUGUACGGCGUCGUCAAUCACGUCUCUAUCUCUAUCAUGUUCUUCGGUGGUGGUCUUGUCGGUAUGCUCUUUGAAUCCCACCGUAUUCGAGACAUGUUGGGCAACACCCUGUUACGUUUACGACCCCUCUCUUGUGAAUCCUAUGACGAGUCCUGGCAGCCUCCUAAUUCACAGAGUAUUUCCCUUAACCCAAUGCCAGCUCUUAUCAUCAUGCUGCUAGGCACGAUGAUGGGAUCACACCACCAGGACAGCAUGACUUCGACUAUGGUACAUAAACAAUGGGGUAAUAUGCUCAUGGGAUUUGCAAUUGCUCGCGGAAUGACAUAUGUCCUGCUAUUCCUGCGUCCGUCAACCUCGUACCUCCCGGCACGUCCCCCCACUGAAAUCGUGGCUUCAUUUUGCCUUAUAUCCGGAGGACUCAUAUUCAUGCUCAGUGCCCGCCAAGUGAUCGAAGCCAUGGAGUUCUAUGAGUUGGACGCCAUGUUUACCUUCACCGUUGGAAUGGGCUUCACAGCAUUUAUUAUGUCGCUGGUGGUUCUUAAUAUCGCAAUCAAGGCGUGGGCAUUGAAGCAUGAGGGAGAAGAAAACAGACAGCUAUCCUAG